UCCGGUCAUCAUCACUGAAUCGUCACGUCCUGCGGGCUGAGCUCCUGCCCGGCGCAGGCACACCCUUCCCCAGCUGCUCCCGGGGCUGCUGCGCUCUCAGGAGGCCCGCCUGCCCCUGCUGCCCUCCUGUCGCCCUUUGUCCAGUGGCCCAAGGGAGCUUCAGCAAUGAAAACCUGAUCUCUGCUCUACCCACUUGGGACCCCUCCUGCCCCUCGCCCUGACUAAUGGUACCCAGAAGUCGUGGGACUUCAUGAAGAUCCAUGACAGUGUGACCAUUCUCAUGUUCAACUCUUCUCGAAGGAGCCUGGUGUUGGUGAAGCAAUUCCGGCCAGCUGUGUACGCUGGCGAGGUGGAGCGCCUCUUCCCGGGGUCCCUGGCCGCCGUGGACCAGGACGGGCCCCGGGAGCUGCGGCCCGCGCUGCCGGGCUCGGCAGGGGUGACGUUCGAGCUGUGCGCCGGCCUCGUGGACCAGCCCGGGCUCUCGCUGGAGGAGGUGGCCUGCAAGGAAGCGUGGGAGGAGUGCGGCUACCACCUGGCCCCCUCCGACCUGCGCCGGGUCGCCACGUACAAGUCUGGUGUGGGAGUGACCGGCUCCAGCCAGACCAUGUUCUACGCAGAGGUGACAGAUGCCCAGCGGGGUGGCCCAGGCGGGGGCCUGGCCGAGGAGGGCGAGCUCAUUGAGGUUGUGCACCUGCCGCUGGAUGGCGCCCGGGCCUUCGCAGAUGACCCGGAUGUUCCCAAGACCCUCGGCGUCAUCUUUGGUAUCUCGUGGUUCCUUAGCCGCGUGGCCCCUGGCCUGGGUCCCCAGUGAAACUCCAGGGUGUCUGGACGAGCCCAGGUCUGGACACUUGCCCUGCAAACCCAAUAAAGGCUGGUGUAGCUCUA